AUGGCCAUAUGUCUUGUCGAGAAUUGGGUAAAGUUGGACUGGCAGUCCUACCCACUACCACCUAGCCCUGUACGUAGAUUUGGCUGGGUGUCCUAUCCACCUUCACCUAGUCCUGUACCUAGAUUUGGCUGGGCGUCCAUCCCACCUUCACGUAGUCCUAUACCUAGAUUUGGCUGGGCGUCCAUCCCACCUUCACGUAGUCCUAUACCUAGAUUUGGCUGGGCGUCCAUCCCACCUUCACGUAGUCCUAUACCUAGAUUUGGCUGGGCGUCCAUCCCACCUUCACGUAGUCCUAUACCUAGAUUUGGCUGGGCGUCCAUCCCACCUUCACCUAAUCCUGUAUCUAGAUUUGGCUGGGCGUCCUAUACACCUUCACCUAGUCCUGUACCUAGAUUUGGCUGGGCGUCCAUCCCACCUUCACGUAGUCCUAUACCUAGAUUUGGCUGGGCGUCCUACCCACUAUUACCUAGUCCUGUACCUAGAUUUGGCUGGGCGUCCAUCCCACCUUCACGUAGUCCUAUACCUAGAUUUGGCUGGGCGUCCAUCCCACCUUCACGUAGUCCUAUACCUAGAUUUGGCUGGGUGUUCUACACACUAUCACCUAGUCCUGUACCUAGAUUUGGCUGGGCGUCCAUCCCACCUUCACGUAGUCCUAUACCUAGAUUUGGCUGGGCGUCCUACCCACUAUUACCUAGUCCUGUACCUAGAUUUGGCUGGGCGUCCAUCCCACCUUCACGUAGUCCUAUACCUAGAUUUGGCUGGGCGUCCUAUCCACCUUCACCUAAUCCUGUACCUAGAUUUGGCUGGGCGUCCUAUACACCUUCACCUAGUCCUGUACCUAGAUUUGGCUGGGCGUCCAUCUCACCUUCACGUAGUCCUAUACCUAGAUUUGGCUGGGCGUCCUACCCACUAUUACCUAGUCCUGUAUUUAGAUUUGGCUGGGCGUCAUAUCCACCUUCAUCUAGUCCUGGACCCAGAUUUGGCUGGGUGUCCUAUCCACUAUCACCUAGUCAUGUACCUAGAUUUGGCUGGGCGUUCUACACACUAUCACCUAGUCCUGUACCUAGAUUUGGCUGGGCGUCCAUCCCACCUUCACGUAGUCCUAUACCUAGAUUUGGCUGGGCGUCCUACCCACUAUUACCUAGUCCUGUACCUAGAUUUGGCUGGGCGUCCAUCCCACCUUCACGUAGUCCUGUACCUAGAUUUGGCUGGGCGUUCUACCCACCUUCAUCUAAUCCUGGACCCAGAUUUGGCUGGGUGUCCUAUCCACUAUCACCUAGUCAUGUACCUAGAUUUGGCUGGGCGUCCAUCCCACCUUCACGUAGUCCUAUACCUAGAUUUGGCUGGGCGUCCAUCCCACCUUCACGUAGUCCUAUACCUAGAUUUGGCUGGGCGUUCUACCCACUUUCAUCUAAUCCUGGACCCAGAUUUAACUGGGCGUCCUACCCACCUACACGUAGUCCUGUACCUAGAUUCGGCUGCGCAGAGAGAGUAACAUGA